AUGGAGAUUCGCGCGUUUGGUAUAGGCUGGACUUUACAAGAACUGAUCGCCCCACACAAUGUGAAGUUCUAUGAUUGCAAGUGGAGCUUCCGAACGGAAAAGCACGAGAUUCCCGAGCAACUGGCGAGUGUCACCCUUAUUGGUAUCGGGGUUUUGGAGGACCCCCAGUGUCUAUCAACUAUCCCUGUUGGACGGCGGACGAGCUGGGCUGCGAAACGCGAGACAACACGGAUCGAGGACACUGCGUACUGCCUCAUGGGAAUCUUUGAUGUCAAUCUUCCCAUGAUUUAUGGUGAAGGCGAGAAAGCCUUUCUCCGACUGCAAGAAGCGAUCGCAAUGUCGAACAAUGACCUCUAUCUCUUUGCGUGGAUGGCCAACCCCAACCUCUACGGACAGUGGCAUGGGGCAUUUGCCACGCAUCCCUCCCAGUUCGCUAGCUGCAAUAAUCUGGAAACAAGGCAGGACCUGUUCAGGUCACACUCGUUUUCGGUUACAAACCAGGGCAUCGAGUUCCAGACUUACCUAGAACUGGACGAACAAAAGGGCGACUAUCUCGUGCCUCUCCAAUGCACCCUCGAUGGUCAGCAUGAGGCUCACGAGGUGGCUAUACGCCUCAUCAAAACAGCGAGGGGCUACGUGAGACACGAAGCACAUGAAAAGGCUAUAGUCAGACGCCUUUUCCGCCGUCCAGGAGAUGUUUCUGGACGGCUUGCCAUAUGUGUUCAAAAGGCGGUGGAUAGCAUUCGUCACGAUACAAUUGCAGACCGCUUCGAACAUUCAUUUCAGUUCACAACGCGAAUCACGCAAGAUUCCACCCACGAAGAAGAUCGAUGGUAUCACGAGUUUCGAGCUAUUCAUCCGACUCGAGGAAAACUAAACAGUUGGGACGUGGAUUGCAAUCAUGGGCUGCCGGCGUACUGGGACCCAAGCACAGCCAGUUUCAUGACAGAAGGUAAGCCUUGGUUCAUUGGGCUGCUGUUCGUCCAGCUUCGCCGACACCGCGGUGAUCAUCCAUCAGCGAUCUCGCUCCUUUGUAGGUUCUAUUCAGCAACCAAUCAAUGGCUCCCCGUUGGUUCCCUGGGUUCUUCCAUGGCGCCCCCGUCCAUGGAUCAUAACUGGUUCAAGCAAUUCAUUCGAUAUGUAUCAGAUCCUGAACAGGGCCAACCCUGA